CAGUUCUAAACCUGAGAAACCUAGUGCUCCCAUGGAACCUAGUUCCCCUCCAUCUGAGAAAUCUAGCUCUCACCCUUCUGAGAAACCCAGUUCUAAACCUGAGAAACCUAGUGCUCCCAUGGAACCCAGUUCCUCUCCAUCUGGGAAGUCUAGCUCUCAUCCUGAGAAACCCAGUUCUAAACCUGAGAAACCUAGUGCUCUCAUGGAACCCAGUUCUAAACCUGAGAAACCUAGUGCUCCCAUGGAACCCAGUUCCUCUCCAUCUGAGAAGUCUAGCUCUCAUCCUGAGAAACCCAGUUCUAAACCUGAGAAACCUAGUGCUCCCAUGGAACCCAGUUCUAAACCUGAGAAACCUAGUGCUCCCAUGGAACCCAGUUCCUCUCCAUCUGAGAAGUCUAGCUCUCAUCCUGAGAAACCCAGUUCUAAACCUGAGAAACCUAGUGCUCCCAUGGAACCCAGUUCCUCUCCAUCUGAGAAGUCUAGCUCCCAUCCUGAGAAACCCAGUUCUAAACCUGAGAAACCUAGUGCUCCCAUGGAACCCAGUUCCUCUCCAUCUGAGAAGUCUAGCUCCCAUCCUGAGAAACCCAGUUCUAAACCUGAGAAACCUAGUGCUCCCAUGGAACCCGGUUCCUCUCCAUCUGAGAAAUCUAGCUCCCACCCUUCUGAGAAACCCAGUUCUAAACCUGAGAAACCUAGUGCUCCCAUGGAACCCAGUUCUAAACCUGAGAAACCUAGUGCUCCCAUGGAACCCAGUUCCUCUCCAUCUGAGAAGUCUAGCUCUCAUCCUGAGAAACCCAGUUCUAAACCUGAGAAACCUAGUGCUCCCAUGGAACCCAGUUCUAAACCUGAGAAACCUAGUGCUCCCAUGGAACCCAGUUCCUCUCCAUCUGAGAAGUCUAGCUCUCAUCCUGAGAAACCCAGUUCUAAACCUGAGAAACCUAGUGCUCCCAUGGAACCCGGUUCCUCUCCAUCUGAGAAGUCUAGCUCCCAUCCUGAGAAACCCAUCUAG